CCUCUGCUCUGCACCCUCCACUGCCACUCUCGGCACGACACUCUCUCGCGGCUCAGCACCGCCUGCUCCUCUCUCCUCGUCUGCGCCGGCGGCACCCGUCCACGCCCGCCGCGCGCCGCUCCUCCGUGCGCUGCUGCGCCGUCGCCCGUCCCUGCCGCCGCUCGCACACCCCGCGCCGGCACGAUGGACGACUCGGCAAAGGUGCUCAGCGAGGCGCUCGCCGCCGUCAAGGUGCAGCUCGUGCAGAUGAAGCGCUGUCUUGACUCUGAGCUCCUGAUGGAUGCGCUCAAGGCCGCGUCGACGAUGCUCGGCGAGCUGCGCACGUCGUCGCUCUCGCCAAAGAACUACUACGAGCUCUACAUGGCGGUCUUCGAUGCGCUGCGGCAUCUCUCCAUCUACCUCUUCGACGCCCACACGACGGGCAAGCACCACCUGGCCGACCUGUACGAGCUCGUGCAGUACUGCGGGAACAUUGUGCCGCGGCUCUACCUCAUGAUCACCGUCGGCAGCGUGUACAUGUCCAUCCCCGAUGCGCCCAUCAAGGAGAUCAUGAAGGACAUCAUGGAGAUGAGCCGCGGCGUGCAGCACCCCACGCGCGGCCUCUUCCUGCGGCACUACCUGAGCGGUGCGACGCGCGACUACCUGCCCAUCGGCGCCGAUAUGGGACCGGGAGGCAACCUGCAGGACAGCAUCGGCUUCGUGCUGACCAACUUCAUCGAGAUGAACAAGCUGUGGGUGCGCCUGCAGCACCAGGGCCACUCGCGCGAGCGCGAGAAGCGCGAGAUGGAGCGCAAGGAGCUGCGCAUCCUCGUCGGCACGAACCUGGUGCGCCUGAGCCAGCUCGACGGCGUCGACCUGGAGAUGUACCGGCGCAUCAUCUUGCCAUCGAUCCUGGAGCAGGUGGUCAACUGCAAGGAUGUGAUCGCGCAGGAGUACCUGAUGGAGGUGGUCAUUCAGGUCUUUCCCGAUGAGUUCCACCUGCGCACGCUGGGGCCCUUCCUCUCCGCGUGCGCACAGCUGCACCCAAAGGUCAACAUCAAGCAGAUCGUCAUCUCGCUCAUCGACCGGCUGGCCGCGUAUGCCGCGCGCGAGGCAGAGAACGACAGUCCAGAGGAGAUCCGAAGGCAGGAGGAAGAGGCCGGGCGCCGCCUGGCCGAGAAGACGCGCGACAUGCGCAUGACGGGCCAGAGCGCGGGCCCGAGCAGCGUGUGGGACGAGGUGCGCGCCGAGGGCGAGCCGCGCGGAGUGGCAGAGGACACGAUGGCGCCGCAGGCAUCCACCUCUGCCAGCGCCGUAGCCGCAGCGCCGCCAGUCGAGCGGUCAGGCUUUGCCAUCGACCCGGCAGACGCCGCUGCGCCAAAUGUCGCAACGCACAGCUCCGUCGACGCAGGCGGCUUCUCGGGCGUGCCGGAGGGCAUGGAAGACGACGCAUGGGGCGGCGCGGCCGGCAGCGCCAACGCUUGGGGCAGCGCCGCUUCAGCCACCGACUCGGCUUCGAGCGUGCGCGCCAGCACGGAUGCGACCUCGGAGGCUGCUGAGGGGUCCGGCCGCGAGAUGCGGUCCGACGCCUUUCCUUCGACUGCUCCUGCUGAGCCAGCCAAGGCCGAGGCACCCGCGCAGCCGCCACAGGCCGCAGACGCACCGGCAGAGCAGGUCCCUGCACAGGAGGCCGCCGCAGCUAGCGCAGAGGCGCCGCCGGCCGCGCCGCCGGCCGCGCCGGCACCGCCACGCAAGUUCCGCGGCAUUCCCGAGGACGUCAAGCUGUUCGAGGUCUUCUGGGCGCAGGUGGUGCAGCUCAUCCAGGCGCGGCCCGACUUGUCCAUCAUGGACAUCACCGCGCUGCUCGUGUCGCUCGUCAAUCUCUCGCUGAGCUGCUACCCGGACCAGCUCGAGUAUGUCGACCAGGUGCUCGGCUUUGCGCGCGAGAAGGUGGCGCAGGCGGACCAGACGGCCGAUCUGCACUCGCAAGUGACGAUGGGCAACCUCAACGCGCUGCUGCUCUCGCCGAUCAAUUCGUACCUCACGGUGCUGACGCUGCUGGCACUGCCGAACUACAACGCGCUGCUGAAUGCGCAGCCGUACUCGACGCGCAAGAGCAUCGCGCACGCCGUCGUCAUGUCCGUGCUCAAGAAUGAGACGGUCAUGGCGACGCCCGAGGAUGUCAACGGCGUGCUGGAGCUGUGCAGCACGCUCGUGCUCGACCAGAAGGACGUGAUGAUGCCGGGCUCGAUGCAUCACGGCCUCGGACCGGGGGCGCCUGGCUACCCGUCGGGCGCUCACGGCCAGCAUGUGCACCCGCAAGAUCCGCGCUAUGCGCACAUGGCGGCCGGCGGAGCGCCGCUGUACGGCGGCGGCAUGGGCCGCGCCAUGAACGCGCGGCACAUGGCGCAGUACGACCUCGAGGAGAUGGCCGAGGAGCAGGGCUGGAUCGCACGCAUGGUGCACCUCUUCCGCUCGGACAACCUCGAGACGCAGUUCAGCCUCAUCCAGACGGCGCGGCGGCACUUUGUCGCCGGCGGCGAGCGCAUCCGGCACACGCUGCCGCCGCUCAUCGUGUCGGGCAUCAAGCUGGCGCGGCGCUACAAGCUGCGCGAGAAGCUCGAGAGCGACUGGGAGACCAAGAUGCUCACGCUGUACAAGUUUGUGCACCAGGUCAUCUCCAUUCUCUACAACAAGGUCGAGUCGUCGGACACGUGUCUGCGCCUCUUCCUGCUUGCCGCGCAGUCGGCCGACGAGACGGGCUUCGAGGAGCUGGCGUACGAGUUCUACGUGCAGGCCUUUACGAUCUACGAGGAGUCCAUCUCCGAGAGCCGUGCGCAGCUGCAGGCCAUCGGCCUCGUCAUCUCGACGCUGCAGACGGCGCGCGUCUUCUCGACGGACAACUACGACACGCUCAUCACAAAGGCGGCGCUGCACGGCGCCAAGCUGCUCAAGAAGCCGCACCAGGCCGCCGCCGUGCUGAUGGCCAGCCAUCUCUGGUGGCAGGUCGAGACGCCCGGCCGGCCGGCGCCCAAGGACAAGCCGCUACUGCAGGACGGCAAGCGCGUGCUCGAGUGCCUGCAGAAGGCGCUGCGCAUCGCCAACAGCUGCAUCGACGAGCGCAGCACCGUCGAGAUCUUCUGCAGCGCGCUGGACCAGUACCUGUACUACUUCGAGCGCGAGGUGGAGGCCGUGACGCCAAAGUACAUCAACUCGCUCGUCGAGCUCAUCUCCAACGGCCUCGACGCGCUGGCGAGCGAGGACCUGCACCCGACGACGUCGGCCACGGGCUUCAUCGAGGGUGUCUCGGGCCCCGAGGCCUGCCAGCGCCACUUCCGCGCGCAGCUGCUGCACAUCCGCAACCGCAAGGAGGCGGCGCUGACGGCCGAGGGCAAGGGCCCCGACUGGGGCGCCGUGAGCAUAGCGGCGGCGAGCAAGAAGCUCGUCUCAUGA